AUGGGUCCCACAUCUCUCAAAGGGACUGAGAGUCAAUCCAACAAGUCCAAGCAGAUAUCAGUAACACAUCGUAUUGCUCCUGAGGAGAACAAAAAAGCUACUUCACAGCUACAAGAAGAUACCAGGAUGGAGCUCCCAGUAAAUACUAGUAGAGAGACAGAGGUGGGCUCCAGCAGAGACCAAACAGAGCAGCUGACAGCAGAAAGUCUAGAUGGACACAACAUCAACUCAAAGAAGCAACGACUUUAUCGAACCACCUUUACUCAUUUCCAGCUGGACCAACUGGAGAGGGCUUUCCACAAAUCUCAUUAUCCAGACAUUUUUGCCAGAGAAGAACUGGCGACAAGUCUAACUUUGACGGAGGCAAGGGUCCAGGUGUGGUUCCAAAACCGCAGAGCCAAGUGGCGUAAGCUUGAGAAGGCUGGUGUUUUGAGCUCGGUCCCUGGGCUACCUCUAACCAACCCCCUGAGCCUGCACUUGGAUGUCCCCCUGUACCAGGCCUCUGUGGUGGAGCCAUCCUGGGGGGGAACCCCACAUACAGUCUCUCUAUAUGGGCCUGACUCUGUGGGAACCCUGGAUAUUGGCACUCUAGCCUGGGUCUCACUGUGUGGACAUCCUCUUAUCCAUCCAAACUUCAGCAGGUAG